UUAUAAACUGAAACAAAGAAAAUGAUAUGUAUCUGAUAAUUUUCUACUAUCUAACUGAUAUAUUAAAUGGAUUUGUUUAACGGGAGGGUGACGCUCCCUACUAUAUCGAACUUGAUAUUCAAAGAUAUUUUUUCAUGUAGGUUUAAAGCAUCGAUAUCUUAACAUAUCGAUUAUUUAUGCGCAAGCCUACUGUUUUAUUUAUUUAUAUUUUCGUGAGCAAAACAGAAAAACGCAGAAGUGCUCCUAAGUUUUAAACAAUUUAUUUAAAAGCCUUCACAUCACGAACCGUUAAAUCAUAAAUUAAUAAUAAAGAACCUUAUUUUUGUGAGUGCGUGAUCGACACAUUAUAAUUAUGGCAUUUUUCAAGAAUGUUGCCUCUGGAUUCAAUGUUCGUAGUCGUGACACCAUUUUAAAAGAAUCUCUGAUAAACAAUUUAUCUGAGUGCGUAAAAGACAUACAAUAUAAUAAUCAAUUUGAAGAAAAUUUUCAUAGUGUUUUAGGAUCCACAGAUUCUACCAAUAGUUUGUGUGUGGGUUUAGAGGCAGUGUUUCUUCAUGGUCUAAAAGAUACUUUUUUAAGGAAGGCUAAGAAUGCUUUGUCAGGAGAUUCUGACCAUCGUCCACAGCCCAACUUUUGGCCACUCAUUCUUGUGUUAUCACACAGACAAAACAUAGAUCAAAUAUCUGCAUUACCUCAAAUCAACACUGAAAUCGGACAAUGUCGUGCUUGGCUCCGUAUUGCUUUAAAUGAAUGCCUUCUGUCUUCAUACAUGUCUACUUUAUUAAGAAAUAUAUCUGCUGUUAAACCAUUUUACAACAGAACUGCAUUUGUUUGCGACUCAGAGAUUCUGGAAGUUGCACAAAGACUUAUUGAAGGGUUGGAAUCAUGUAUACAAUUUAAUUUACCAAUUAAUUCAAGUUUGCUCAAUCAGUGGCCUGAACAAGUACUGAUGCUUGCUGGAAUUUGGAUUCCGAAAGUGAGGGUUGCCCCAAUUAGUACAGCUUUAGAUGUAGCAAGUACAAUAACUGAUGAAGAUAUAAAACCAAAAUUAGCUUCGACUCCAACACACUCCUCAAAUAUUACAGGAUUAGGCCGAAUGCUUGCGUUAAAUGAAGAUGAAGCUCUUGAUUUUAUAUUGUCUAACGAUUCAAAAGAUAUUACAACACGAACCUUUGAAGAUGAUACACCUGUUGAGGCACUUUUAAAAGAACAAAAUAAAGAAGUUGAAUCAAAGCCUUUAGAAAUAGAAAAACCGUCCACUAGUCAAGAAAAGCCAGCUACUUCUACAUGCUCAUCAUCUUUAGAUUUUGGCGACUUCAUUGCUCCCACUGAAGUUACAGUUACUGGAAAUUCUUUAAGUGGGAAAGGAUGGUCUAAUGAGAAUGAUGAAUUAAAUGAAUCUAUACAUUCUAAUUCUUCACAUGGUAGCAGUAUGAUUAAAACUCCUGAACUGAAGAGUUUAUCAUCUCUUGUUGAUAAUAGUACCAGUUUCCCAGAAACUCAGAACACACCUAACUUGCGAGAAAUCAUGAAGGAUAUAGAGAGAGAGUUGAAAUUUUCAGAUGAUACUGAAAUAUGUGAUUUAACUAUUGAUCCAGUUUCGCCAGAAGACCCAAUGCUUCAAUGUUUAGACUUUGAAGUAGUGCCAAAUUCAAUCUCUGGCUCUUUUACUCCACAAGAGUUACAAAAAAUGAGGCAACAGUUAGGAGCUUUAUCAAGAGAACAAGGGCUUGACCAUCAAAAUUAUCAGUGCAAAGGGUGCCAGGACCUACUGGGCAGUACCAUAUCCAGGGCAAAGGUCUGUGCUUUCACUGGUGAAUAUUACUGUUCAAAUUGUAUGGAUCCAAAUGUUUUCAUAAUACCAGCAAGAGUAAUACAUAACUGGGAUUUCAAAAGGUAUCCGGUGUCUAAGAAAUCUGCCUUGUUUCUCUUAGAAUUUCAACAUCAUCCAUGGAUAGAUAUGAAAAAAUUAAAUCCAAAGAUAUACUGUGGUGUUUCUGAUAUGGCACAUUUGCAAGAUUUAAGAAUUCAAUUAAACUUUUUGAGGGCAUACAUCUUCACAUGUAGGGAACAUGUUAUAGAGGAGUUGCAGAAACGGGUUUGGCCCCGUGAAUAUUUGUAUGAACAUUUGCAUUUGUAUACUAUAUCUGAUUUAGCACAAAUACCAAGUGGGUCACUUGUUCUGCAAUUAGAGAAAGUGGUAAACUUUGCCAAAGCACAUGUUUUGGAUUGUUGGCUCUGUAGUCAGAAAGGAUUCAUCUGUGAAGUAUGCCAAGACCCUAAGAUUUUAUAUCCUUUUGAUACGAGUACUACAUAUAGAUGUGAAGAAUGCUCUAGUGUAUUUCAUAGUAAAUGCCUCAAUGCAAAUUUACCUUGCCCCAAAUGUAAAAGGAGGCAAAACAGGACAAGUAAUUCUUCAUUGAUUGAUGCUGUACAUGCACAUUUUAGCAAAUAAUCAUAAAUAGUGAUAAAUAUUUUAGAAAUUAUUUUUUGUUAUAUACAUUAUAAAAACAUAGUUGGAUCAUACAAAUUUAAAUAUAUUUUCUCAUAUGUUUUAAUGGGUAUGUAUUAGAAUUUCUUAAAAAGAAAAAUUGUCAAGAUAAUGCAAGCUAAUAAUUUUUAAAGAAACAUAAUAUUUUAUUUUUGACACAAUAUUACUUAUGAAUUUUAUAUUUGCUAUGUAUAGUCUGCUGUUAUUGUAAAUAUUUCAUUGAAACAUUCAUUUGAAUAUAAAAUGUAUUUCAGAUAUUCUAAUACAUAUCUAGUAGAAAGCUUAUAAAUGUUUACAAACAAUUUAUUUUUAUAAUCAAAUGAGAAUAAAAUCAAGCAUAUCUUAUGAUUUAUAAGGCAUCUAAAUGAGAUAAGCUUCUUAUUUUAUCUUGUGAUACAUGGCAAUGCAUUUAGAAUUAAGGAAAACUACAAUCAUACAUAAAUAAACAGUUUACACAUGAAAAGGCUUUAUGAUAAAGUAAAUAAGUAAUAAAAAUGCAAUUGAAUUUGAACUUAACUGUCAAUAAUAAGGCUUAAAAUAGGUUGAAGAAAGUUAUCUGUAGUAACCCAAUGUUCUGUCUACUGCAUGUGAUCAAUAGCAAAGGUACAGUCAGCGACACAUAUUUGGGAUCGUUCAAGACGAAAAUUAAAGUUGUGUUGAAAAGAUUAGGCUUGUUCAUACAUCAUGGCAGCCAAUUAAAAACACUUUAAAAAUUAAUUUUAAAUAUGACUCAAUUAACAAAUUACAUUACAGUCAAAGUAAACAAAAAUAUUUGAAUAAUCAAGAUUACCUAUCACAUACGGAAGAGAACGCGUUUAAAUAUGUCAUCAUAAUACUGGAUUAAUAUAAUAUUGUCUUUAAUUUUAAACAUUGUUUUUCGCUAUGUUUGUACGUCAUUAUUUGAUCAUCUUGACCAAGUUGACACUGACUGUACAUUUGUCAACAAGCAAGACUAAUGGUUUGUAAAUAAUUAUCAGGUUACGUACAGUCAAUCACAUCAGAUUAUAUCAAAUUUCUCAACUUGAUUUUAAACCUUAUUAUAUUCAGGGUAGUACUAAAAUCAACUGGAAAUUUGACAUGUAGUGGUAGCCUGACGUGCUUCUAUGUGUAUAGUCAACAGAAUGUCAGGUUAUAAAAAUGUCAAAUCGCUCCACUUGAAGGUUUUGUAGGUAAAAUUAUAAACGUCUGGAGAAAUUUGACAUGUUGUGAUAACCUGAAGUGCAGUGUGUAUGUGUACAUAACAGCCUAUAUAUAAUUAAUCACAAAUGAAUUGAAUUUUCUACAGAAUUUACCUACAACAUGAAUUUGAUUUAAUCUUCUUUAUAUUGAGAAAUAAAUAGUAUAAAACAAAGUAUUUAUAAUAUAAAACAAGCUCUCCAUCUGUUUGUCCCUACCUUAUUUAUUGUAGAUAUUUAAAACUACGCAACAGACUUAUGAGAUUUUUUGAAUAGAUAUGUUGAUUCAAAAGGCGGCUUUUUAUGUAUAAUACAGCACCACACGGGUGAAGUCGCUGGCGAAAGGCUAGUUAUUUAUAAUUUAUUACUAUACCUACAUUUGAUAAUUGAAGUAUUUGAUGUUGCCAUUAUGAUUUUUUAAAUUGAUCAGUUAAUAAACUUAAUUUUCGGAUAAAAGUUAAUCGUGGUUAUAUAUAAAUCCUUUUAAUGAUAUAGUAAUUAAUGAGUACUUUGCGUUAUUUAAACCUGGGUGUCACUGAAAGAUAUUGUAGUUUUAUUAGCUAUUGAAAAUUAAUGAAUAAUAU